AUGGCUCAACUCCAAUUGGCUCCAUGUCCACGUAUGGACAUCAUGAUUCCUUUUAACAAAAUGCAAGCUUCAGAACUCCAUUCAAAUAGGCAAACCCAUUAUGAACAAGGCAGCUCUACCCAUCCUUCUCGGCUGGAGCACCUGAAAAACAACUUCCAACAAAAGCUUCUAAGAGACAAAGAAGAGAAGCUGGAGAAUUUCUUUAUUCACAACAGGCAGAACACCUUGACUAAAGCCCAUAGCUGUUCUGGUUCUUAUUCCACAGAAAGCCAGCAGGAUUCAGGAAACAAUCAGCAGGGUCCAGGAAGUGGGGAUUUUUAUUCAGCUGGGGCCCAUAGGCAUACCAAAACAGAUAACCAAGAAAGCAUACUGCCCUUCACAAAGAAGAGAGCUGGUGUGGAUCGUGCUUAUCCCCUCAAACCAGUGUUUCACCGAAAAUCAUUGAGUGCUACUCACAUUAGGAUUGAGUCAGGAAAUUUUCCCCAUAAAUCCUCUGAAUCAAAAGAAAUCUCAUCCAGCCACUUCGGUUCACGGAGCAGGGGGAAUUUAUCUUCAGCUAAGACACUACUUGAACCCCUGCCAGUAGUUUCACCAAAAAAAUUCUUGUCAAAUCCAGACAGAACUGAGCUAAUUCAGAUUCAAAAACUGGAGGCAGCAGGUGAGAGUUUAGAAGAAGAAAUUCGUCGACAAGAGAUUCUCCUGAAGGAAAAGUUGAAGAAGACUGAGGAAGAACUUAGAAGGAUCCAAAAAGAGAAGGAACAGGUAGAGGAAGAAGUAAAAAGAGAGUCACAGAAAGAGACAUUUUCAAGAAAAGUCAUAGCUAGCAGCAGCAACAUUUCCAAACUCAUCUUCUCACCAGAAUUGGAGUCUGAAGAUGUUUUCCCUAUUUACACCAGGGAUGAUGAAACAUGGGAAGAGUCCCAAGAGAGUUCUAGUUCAUCCUCAGCAUGUUCCCAAUUCUUCAAUCAUGGAGUACAAAGGCUCAAAAAGGAAAAACUAGUGGCAAGUAACAAAAUCCAAGACCAAAUUUCAGAAUCAUCAUCCCCUGAGCAGUUUUCACAACCUCAACAAGAAUCUGGCAACUCUUUGUCCAAAUCUCCUAGCGAUAGUUCGUCUCGGCUAUCGGUCUCCUCAGGUUCCAGCUCUGCAACUGAAGAACCACAGCUUGGUGAGUGCAGCUACUGUGGACGAAAGUUUCUCUUGAUAAGGCUAGAGAAACACACUAAUGUUUGUAGCAAGACCCAGGGUUCCAAGAGAAAAGUGUUUGAUUCAUCGAAGGCCCGGGCUAAGGGCACCGAACUAGAACAAUACCUGACAUGGAAAAGCCCAACUUUAGCCAAGCCAGAGCCACCAAAGAAGAGUAAUUGGCGACAAAAACAUGAAUCAUUCAUCCGAACUCUCCGUCAGGCCCGUGAAGUGCAGCAGGUAAUUGCCCGGGGUGGAAAUCCCUCGGACUUGCCUCCCAUGCCACCUGCAGAAAACCCCGACUACAUCCAGUGCCCCCACUGCAGCCGCCACUUUGCCCCUAAGGUGGCUGACCGACACAUUCCAAAAUGUAAGACCAUCAAGAACCGCCCUCCUCCCCCACGGAAGCGUUGCUGCUGAGAAGAAAUUACCCCAAAACCUCUUGUUGGCCACCUUUUCUUCAGCAGCCCACAGGAUCAGAACUGGAUGAAACUAGAAAGGAAUAGAUCUUGUACAUCUUUCCCAACCUGGCUGUGGUGCCAGCAUUAGAGAGGACCUCAUUUCUAAACAACAAGAAAGAAGCAUCAAGUUCUCACUUAACUAUAAAUUUAGGCAAAACUGAAGCGCGCCUUACAUUACUACUUUCAUGGGAAGUGAGACUUUUGAGCAAUGAAAAGACUAAAUUAAAGCCCUCUCC